GAGGUGCAGGCUGGGCGUGGCCCAGGUGGGAGCGGCGGGCGCGGCUCAGGUGAGCUAGCAACCUCCUCGGGUCGCACACAGCGUCGCGUCCACCUCCAGGACUUGGAGCUCCUCGCCUGCUUUUUCUCUUUGCCGCACGUUUUCUGGGAUAGCUGAGACUCCAGGCCCACGAUGGAUGCUCUACGACUGGCAAAUUCAGCUUUUGCCGUUGACCUGUUCAAACAACUGUGUGAAAAGGAGCCAGAGGGCAAUGUCCUCUUUUCUCCAAUCUGUCUCUCUACCUCUCUGUCACUUGCUCAAGUAGGUGCCAAAGGUGACACAGCAAAUGAGAUUGGACAGGUCCUUCAUUUUGAAAAUGUCAAAGAUGUACCCUUUGGAUUUCAAACAGUCACAUCUGAUGUCAACAAACUUAGUUCUUUUUACUCAUUGAAACUGAUCAAGAAGCUCUAUGUGGACAAAUCUCUGAACCCUUCUACGGAGUUCAUUAGCUCUACAAAGAGACCUUAUGCAAAAGAAUUGGAAACCGUUGACUUCAAAGAUAAAUCAGAAGAAACCAAAGGCCAGAUCAAUGACUCAAUUAAGGAGCUCACAGACGGCCACUUUGAGAACAUUCUAGGUGACAACAAUAUAAAUGACCAGACCAAAAUCCUUGUGGUGAAUGCUGCCUACUUUGUCGGGAAGUGGAUGAAGAAAUUUCCUGAAUCAGAAACAAAAGAAUGCCCCUUCAGAGUCAACAAGACAGACUCCAAACCAGUGCAGAUGAUGAAUAUGGAAGCUACCUUCUGUAUGGGCAACAUUGAUGACAUCAAUUGUAAGGUCAUUGAGCUUCCUUUUCAAAAUAAACAUCUCAGCAUGCUCAUCCUGCUGCCCAAGGAUGUGGAGGACGAGUCGACAGGCUUGGAGAAGAUUGAGAAACAGCUCAACUCAGAGACGCUGUUGCAGUGGACAAAUCCUAGCACCAUGGCUAAUGCCAAAGUCAAACUCUCCAUUCCAAAAUUUAAGGUGGAAAAGAUGAUUGAUCCCAAAGCUAGCCUGGAAAAUCUAGGGCUGAAAACUAUCUUUGAUGAAAAUACCUCUGAUUUUUCUGGAAUGUCAGAGACCAAGGGAGUGGCCCUAUCACACGUUAUUCACAGAGUGUGCUUGGAAAUAAAUGAAGAUGGGGGAGAGUCCAUAGAGGUGCCUGGAUCACGGAUCCUGCAACACAAGGAUGAGUUCAAUGCUGACCACCCAUUUAUUUACAUCAUCAGGCACAACAAAACUCGAAACAUCAUUUUCUUUGGCAAGUUCUGUUCUCCUUAAGCAGGGUAGCACAAGUUAAGUCCCUUUGGACUUGUCUACAAGCUCUGCAUCCAGAGAAUCACUUUCUAAAUACAGUAUAUUGUUAAUGUUCCUGGAUCAGGAAGCAACUUGUACUUUUCCUGUGUAGCCUCCACAGUAAUGGGCCCUUCCUUUCCAAUUCUUUCAUUUCCCUUGUUCUCCACAAAAGAUAAGGACGUGCUUUUAAUGAACAGUAGUCAUCUUAGAGUAAAAAUAUUUAUUUGUCAUGAGGGGUCUUUAAAAAGGUCAUGGAAAAUGAGUAUUAUAAAAAGUACUAUGCCUGGAUUUCAGUUUUUUUUUUUUUUGUACCAGAAAAUAAGCUUACCCUUUAACUCCAUUUUUCUAUUAAGUUUUUAAUGUACCCCUGUAUUUGUCAAACUGUCUGGGUUAUUGCCAGAAAUACCUUCUUCUACAAGAAAAUAUCUGGAGGAUCUUAUCCCCAGAACUUUGCCUUUCUUCACUGAGAUGUAGAAUUUUCUAGACAAUCUCAUUUCCCGAAAAACUAAAGAAACUGUAGUGUAUUAGACUCUUGGGCAUAUAUUCAGGCUAAGAAGUUCCCAUGUUAAACUAUGGGAAAUAGAUAUUGUUAUUCAAACUCUGAAUUCUGAGAUUUUAGAAAGGUAACAUGUGAUACACAUGGCAUGUUAUGUAUCAACUUCAUUGAUAGGAUCUGAGACAGCACUGUACAAAAUUUUUGCAACAAAAUGUAGAAUAUACACAUAAAAUAGCUAAGUAAUGACUCUAAGUAAGCCAUAAGAGAUCAGCUUUUACUGGCAAAUGAACUGACAUAAACUAAUGAAAAAUUUUGUUGGCAGAACAUUUUUUAGAUUUUUGAAUGUGGGAUAUGGAAAUACAUUCCUAUAGUAGUGAAAGUAUAAGAACCCCCCUCACCCCCAAAAAGCUCAUAUCUUCUUAAUAAUUGACUCUCAUUCUUGAUAGACAUCCCACCUGGUCAUUUAGUGGUGCUAGACUGGGGGCAGGGGUUACUAAAUGGUUUUGGAUGUCUCAUACCAGGAACCUGAAUUGACAGAGACUUUUGCAAUAGCUAAUAAAGUAAUUUUAUGUGUUGAA